GUGUGGAGGGAGGAAGUGGCUUGUCUCCAGGGAGGUAGUUGUUGGAGGCCGAGGCCCUGUUCUGCUCCUUGGGGCUCGGCCGACAUUUUCCUCUGCACAAAGACCAGCACCUCCUAAGGCGCGGCGGCUCCUGAAGCGGGACGGUGCGCCCCACACGCGACGCCUGGAUUGCAGCCCGUCUUCGAGGGCAGAGCUGGGAUGCAGUGCUCACUGGCCCUGCUGCCUCCUCUCACCCAGAGGCCCUUCUGACCUCCGCCGCACCCCAAAGUGAGGCACCUCAUGGCAUCUCCGUCCACGUUCAUGUGCUCAGCACACAGGAUGGACGCCCGAGGUUGUGCUGGCUGCAGCCAGAGUGCUUCCCAUGCUGGGACCCCAAGAGCCUCCUGAGCUGCUCCGCUUCACACCCACGGGCAAGAGACUUUCAGCAAUUCCCCCAGCUCUGUGUGUGGCUUUGGACGGCCAGCGCAGCCCCGGAACCUGGCCAGCGAGGAACCUGGCACCCGUCUGCCUCGGCACCCUCACCCCGAGUCUGGGCAUUAGGAAGCUCUCCCCACGGGCAGCCCCUUCGUUUCGCUUGGAGAGCUCAGUUUUGAGGAUGGAGUCGGGAGGAGGGGCCUCAACAGCCCCAGCCCUCCUGGCCACCCUUGGGGGGCCAGGUGAUGGGCCUGGCUGCUCCCUGGAGCUGCCCAGCACAGACCCGGGGACGCUCCAAGCGCUGCCUGUCGGGCCUGGAGCCCACCAUGAAGACGCUGCCCCUGGGAGCUCUGGCGGCCAGGCUGCAGGGGAGGGCGGCUCCCCAGACCCGGGCCCCACAGGGGAGCAGAGCAGCAACGCCAAGGUCCCCAACCGGGACAGCGGGAUCGACAGCCCGUCGUGCAGCAUGGCCGGCGAGCCCUUCUGUGAGGAGGGCAGUGAGGCCGGCCUGGGCUCCACCAUGCUGGGACUGCACCUCGAGACGGCUCCCGACAGCAAGACUGCCCGGAAGGCGGCCGAAGGUGUUGUGGGCAAAAGCAGCAGGGAGGAGCCUGAGCCGGAGAACAGCCCCUGCAGGGUCAGUGCGGACCUGGCCAAGCAGUCCAAGCCCCAGGAGCUGCUCCACAUUGCCCAGGAGCUCCUGCACACAGAGGAGACCUACGUGAGGCGGCUGCACCUGCUAGACCAGGUGUUCUGCGCCCAGCUGACAGAAGCAGGGAUCCCGCUGGAGGUCACCACAGGAAUCUUCUCUAACAUCUCCUCCAUCUACCGCUUCCACGGGCAGUUCCUGCUGCCCGAGCUCCAGACGAGGAUCACGGAGGAGUGGGACAUGAACCCUCGGUUUGGGGACAUCCUGCAGAAGCUGGCCCCAUUCCUCAAGAUGUACGGCGAGUAUGUCAAAAACUUCGACCGGGCGAUGGAGCUAGUGAGCACCUGGACCCAGCGCUCACCCCUGUUCAGAGACGUCGUCCACAGCGUCCAGAAGCAGGAGGUGUGUGGGAACCUGACGCUGCAGCACCACAUGCUGGAGCCCGUGCAGAGGGUCCCUCGCUACGAGCUGCUGCUCAAGGACUACCUGAAGCGGCUCCCGGCAGAUGCCCCAGACCAGAAGGACGCCGAGAAAUCCUUAGAGCUCAUCUCCAAGGCCGCCAACCACUCCAAUGCUGCCAUUCGAAAAAUGGAGAAAAUGCACAAGCUCCUGGAAGUGUACGAGCAGCUGGAUGGGGAGGAGGACAUCGUCAACCCCGCCAACGAGCUGAUCAAGGAGGGCCAGAUCCAGAAGCUGUCGGCCAAGAAUGGCAUAGCCCAGGACCGCCACCUCUUCCUGUUCAACAGCAUGAUGCUUUACUGUGUGCCCAAACUGCGGCUCAUGGGCCAGAAGUUCAGCGUCCGGGAGAAGAUGGACAUUUCAGACCUCCAGGUGCAGGAUACCAGCAAGCCGCAGGCAGCCCACACCUUCGUCAUAACAGGAAGGAAAAGGUCCCUGGAGCUGCAAGCCCGGACAGAAGAGGAGAAGAAAGAGUGGGUUCAGGUCAUCGAGGCCGUCAUUGAGAAGCACAAACAGAACAGCCAGACCUUCAAGGCCUUCAGCGCCUCCUUCAGCCAGGACAGAGACCCCUGCCUGACUCCAGACCUGCCUACAGCGAGUGCCAGCUCCGAGGAGCCCGCGGCGGCUGCUGACGGGAGAGGGGGUGCUGCCGAGGAGCCCAGGAGAGGGUCCUCGAAGAUCAGGCGUGACAAGGAGAAACCAGGCUGCAGGAGCUGCGGUGAGACCUUCAACUCGAUCACCAAGAGGAGGCACCACUGCAGGCUGUGUGCGGCGGUCAUCUGCGGGAAGUGCUCCGAGUUCAAGGCAGAGAACGGCAGGCAGAGCCGAGUCUGCCGAGAGUGUUUCCUGACACAGCCAGUGGGCCCCGCACGCCCCAGCCCUGAGGUGCCCGCUGAGCCCAAGCCGAGCGUGGAGGCGAGUACCCUGUGACCUCUGAGACAUGAUCUCCCCCUCCCCGUGCCUUGGCUUCCCAGGGACCAGGACUGGGGUCCAUGAGGCCCGCGGGGGCUGCAGCAGUCAGCCGUGGGACGCCCAGUGCCAUGCCUGGGUGUGGGGCUUCGCACGGUCUGGUCACAGCUGAGGCUGGGAAGACUGGCUCCCAGGAGUCAGACGGUGUGUUAGUCAGCUCAGGUCGUGGGACAGAUACUACAAGCAGAAGUUUAUGGCCUCAAGUCCCGGAGGCUGAAGUCCAAGAUCAAGAUGUGGGCAGGGCUGGCUUUUCCUGACCUCUCUGUGGCUGGCAGACAGACGUCGGUCCCUGUGUCCUCAUGGUCGUCCCUCCGUGGGGGUCUGUGUCUUAACCUCCUUAUAAGGACACCCAUCACAUUGGAUUGGGGCCCACCCUAGUGACCUCAUUUUGACUUAAUCAUCUCCCUAAAGGCCCCAUUUCCAAAUAUGGUCACACCGGGGAUCAGGGCCGCAGCACAUGGAUUUGGGGGCACACAAUUCAGCUAGGAGCAGACGGAACAAGCGUCAUUGUCAUUUACCACCGCUGUGACUGCAGGCUGGCGGGGGGGGGGGGGGCGUGCCUGUGCCCCAAGGAGGCCACGGAGGGCCGGAAACAGGGAAGGCACAGCCCCCUCCUCACCCCACCCUCCUGAGCGUAGCCACUGCCUUGGCGGCCCCUUCCAGGCACAGUUCUUAUUUUAUGGCAGGAAGGAUGGGAAAGACAGUGUGUGGCUUUCCAAAAAAGAGAAUUUUCUGUCCUCUGCACAUAACUCCAUCUGUGGUCCUGACAUCAGAUUCUAGUUGGGGCCUCCUGGGAAGCUGUUUGAAAUAUUGUUGUAGGAGGGUGGUCCAAGCAGGCCGCAGCUGUGACAGCCCCGAGUGUCUGUCAGAGGCCAAUGUGCACACGAUCAGAACAAGUGUAGGGUGAUGUCAGCAAAGGAGCCCCCUCACGGCCCUGCACUUCCAGCACUGCGUGUCCGCGAGACCCAGGGCUGAGCACGGGCCAGCUGUGCCAGGUGUGUGAGGUGCUUCCAGAUGGCACAGGACUGUGUCCAUGACUGCUCUAAGCACGCCAGAGAGAGGGGGGUGUGCGUGGGUGGGGGUGUGGAUGGGUAUGCGUAUGGUUGUGUGUGUGUGCA